ACAUCCAUAUGUAAAACAUUCUAUAAGGGGCAGUCUCGAACUAUUACGUCACAUUAUUUGUUUUUAAAAAUGUGGAAAUCAAAGUUAUUAAAUAUUUCUUGUACGUUUUCCAGGAAGAACCUUCCUUCUUGUUUAGGGUUAAGAUACGUAGCUGAUUGGGUACCGAAGGAAGUCGAAACCCACACUGGACAGAAAUGGGACGAAAAGGAUUAUAGGCUUUCUCGGUUCGUGGACAGACCAAAACACGUAAAUCCCAAUUUUGGAAUUAAUCUUAUAGCAGAAGUACCUCCCAAACCUUGUAAAGAACGUGUGGUAUGGUGUGAUGGCGGAAGUGGCCCAGAAGGACAUCCUAGAGUUUACAUCAAUUUGGAUAAACCGGGGAAUCAUAUUUGUGGAUAUUGCGGUUUAAGAUUCUAUAAAGAAGGAGACCAUUAAGCAGUGAUUGAUUCCAUAAGCCUUGUUUGUAAAUUUUAUUUAAUAUAGAUAUGUAUAUAGC